UGUCUUAUCUUUAAAACCAGUUUUCCGACAAGGAUUUCGUUUCAAAUCUAUCUAAUUUAAAAAAGAAGUGUUACAAUGACGAUGCUCUUAUAUUGUAUUCUUUUGACGCUUAUCCAGACUUCCGUAUUUUGUCACGAGAUCGCCAGUAUCGAAGCACUAGUCACGCGCAUUGAUGCUUUAGAAAAAGCAGCUGAGCGACAAAAGAAUCAUAUCCAAAGUCAGGAAGAAACUAUUAAGCUCCUUCGAAUAAAUGAUGAGCAGCAAGGCAGAACUCUCUUCCAGCAACAGAGACGUAUCGAAGAACUGGAGCAGACUGUCAAAGUUCAACAGAAAAUCAUUAAUGACGUCAUAUCUCGUGCCAAGAACGCGGAAAGCCAAGUCGAGACGGCAGAUGCCGCUUCAGACGCAGUUAUAAAGGCUAACCUAGAGACAGUAGCAAAACCAGUCGACGUUUCUGAAACGAAUAUGUCACAAAUAUCUGGAGUGGAACAAAUCAGAAAAUCUCUAAAUUUUCCAAGAAAAAGUUCCACGAGACAAACACCCGAAACAGUUGCGUUUCACGCAACAAUUGAUGUACAAAACCAUGUCACCCAACUCACUCAAGGUCAAACAAUUGUGUUCAAUUCUGUUCAUUUCAACGUUGGAGGCGGAUAUCACAGCUCGGCAGGCUUAUUUAUUGCGCCUUCGGCAGGGAUCUAUAUGUUCUCCUUAUCUGUUAUGCUUAAUACCGGAACAGGCAGUUGGAUCUCUCUAGAAUUGAUAAAGAAUGGCGCUGUCCUGGCUGAAGCAUAUGCGUUUCAGUACGACCAAGGCUCUGUAACGGUUGCUACGCAACUGAAGAUCGGUGAUGAAGUUUUUGUCAAAGUGCAUGCCUCAAAUAUUGGCAUGCUGUAUGGUGAAACAUUGACAAGUUUCAUGGGUGCAUUGUUAAUGCAUUUGUAACAUAGAAAAAUAAACAAAAGGUUUAUUAAAAAGAUUCCGGAAUUAGUGUCAACAUUUAGAUUGUACGCUCAUCAUUUAUUUUAAAUGUGUAAUUUACAAUAAUCCUAAAAUAUUGAGUAGUGUUUCCAUUCAUAUCUUGUAGCAAGUUUCCAUCUUUCUUUUGAACAACAAAUAUGCGAUUUAUAUAUAAAUUUUACUAAACAAUAGAUAUUAAGACAACUUAAUAUGUAACCGUCUACGUUUUUCAAACACUUGAGCUUAAGCAUAAUUGUUUUAAUGUGAUUUUCUCAUACCUACGACGUCAAACAUUGAACAUGUCAACGUGCUUGGCGUUGCGCAUUACAAGGGGAUCUUUCAUGUCUUCUCUCAUAUCCUCUUGUCGGUGAUGGACUAGCAAGAUUGAGGUUUCGUUAGAGAUAAGAGUGAUAACUAGUAAACGUUUGACCUAAAAUGAUUAUUACUUGUAAGCUGAUUCCUAGGGUAAAGAUAACAUACCGU